AUGAUGAUUUCGAUAACAAUAAUAUGGAUCAUUUGUAUAUCAAUUUGCGAUGGUAAUGUUCCAAGUAAAUUAUACGGUGGAACACGAGUUGAAAUAGGUGAACAUCCAUAUGUUGUGUCAUUGCAAUGGAAAGGAGUACAUCAAUGUGGAGGAAGUAUAAUAUCACUCGACACAAUAAUAACAUCAGCAAGUUGUGUUGUGAUUGAUACAGUACCAUUGAUAUAUCAAUCAAAUCUUCAGGUACUCAUUGGUACAAAUAACAAUCUAGCACAUCAUGGUAAUGGCUUAUUAUAUUCAAUCAGAUACCUUAUAGCACAUAAAAAUUAUGAUCCUCAUGAUGCAUGGAUAAAUGAUUUAGCUCUGCUUAAAGGUGAUAGCGGUAAUCCAAUAAUUUUUGGACAAUAUAUUGUUGGAAUUAUAUCUGUAUCUGUACCAAUUAAUUCUGGAAAUUUAAUUUUUACAAAAAUUUAUUCAUACAAAGAUUGGAUUCAAAGAUUUAUUAAUUCAAAAUGA